AAUUGGACUGCGCCGGUGAAGAAAGUAUAUAAGCAUAAUCGAGCAUUCAAAAAAAUUGGAUCUGUACGAGUUAAACAACAGUUACAUGCGAUCAAAAAUUCUGCAGAUCAAGUUGAUGUAUUUCAAAAACAAUUUGUCGAUGAUAGUCGAAAACGUCCUCCAGAUGAACAGAUGGAUGAAGAAGCAUUGGCAAAGAAGGCGAGAAUUGAAAGUACAAAUUCUAUUGAAAACUUUACUUAUG